CCGAUUCCGUACAGCUGCUAGUGCCUAUUAGUAUUUUUUUCGUUCAUCCGAAAUAUCAAGUGUGUUUUUCACACAGCUCUCGACCCUCACGAAAUUCUGAAGUGCAUUUCUUUGGCCCGGCAGUUUCCGUUUCCCGAACUCUCAUUCAUUCCGAAGCGGCGAAAAAAAACUAAAAUAAACCCAUUAAACAGAGUGCUAAAGGACAACAACGAUUCGGCGGUACAUUUUUUGCCAGUGUGUGCUUGUGUGUGUGUGUUCGUGUGAACCGCGGUCCGGUGCUCCUGUUGUUGUUGCUGUUUCCAAGCCACAAGAAAAACACACAGGCGCAGGGUCGCAUGCAAGAAUAUUUGGUUAAGCACAUAAAACAUCGUACCUAUAUGUGACAACAAACGCCAGGGAAAAACUGUAAAGCGGAAAGAAAAUAAUUGAGAAAUUCGGACAGCAGCAGGAGCAGCAAACAUGGAUCUAAUCAAUAAGUUCAGCGAUGCAUUCUGGAGUACGCAUAUUUGGCUGCCGCCGAACACAACCUGGGCUGACAUAGCGCCAGGUUCGCGAAAGGAUGUGGUGCACGCUAACUACAAGGACCUCAUCUGGCCCAUUCCAUUCGCCGCUGUCGUCAUGCUGGUCCGUUACACGCUGGAGCGUUUUUGGAUAUCGCCGAUAGGCAAGUCACUGGGGAUACGAAGUUCUAGACCUAAGAAAGCAGCAAAUGUUCCUAUUUUGGAGACCGCCUAUGCCAAAUCCACGCGAUUGGACAACAAAUGGUUGGCUCCGCUGUCAAAGCAGACGGAUAUGAGCGAGCGUCAAAUCGAGCGAUGGUGGCGUUUACGAAGGGCCCAAGACAAACCGUCGACGCUGGUGAAAUUCUGCGAAAACACUUGGCGAUGCAUCUACUACCUGUACAGCUUUAUUUUCGGCGUGAUUGUGCUGUGGGACAAGCCCUGGUUCUGGGAUGUGAAGAGCUGCUGGUACGGCUACCCGCAUCAAUCGAUCAGCAGUGAUAUAUGGUGGUACUACAUGAUUUCAAUGUCCUUCUACUGGUCCCUCACUGGCACCCAGUUCUUUGAUGUGAAACGCAAGGACUUCUGGCAGAUGUUCAUUCAUCACAUGGUCACCCUGCUGCUGAUGUCGCUCAGUUGGGUGUGCAACUUGCAUCGCGUUGGUUCUCUGGUGCUGGUCGUACACGAUUGUGCCGACAUCUUUUUGGAGGCGGCCAAGCUCACCAAGUAUGCCAACUAUCAGAAGCUCUGCGACGCGAUCUUUGCCAUCUUCACUGUGGUUUGGAUUGUCACGCGCCUGGGCUUCUAUCCACGCAUCAUCUACAGCUCAUCUGUGGAAGCACCGCGCAUUCUGCCCAUGUUCCCAGCCUACUACAUCUUCAACUCAUUGCUUCUGAUGCUGCUCGUCCUGCACGUCAUCUGGACAUAUAUGAUUCUCAAGAUUGUUGUCGACUCUCUGCAGAAGGGUCUGAUGUCAGGUGACAUUCGUUCCAGUGAUAGUGAGGAUCUCACAGACAGUUCGGAGAACGCACGUUUGGCCAAUGGAUCGGCGCGCUCGAAGAACAAGUCGAACAGCGGGCUCCCUUCCGGCGGAGGAGCCGCUGGUGCCACCCAGCGCAAGACCAAUAAUGCCAACAACCACGCGUCCGAAGUGGCAGGAGGAGCUACGACAACGGCGGCCAAGUAGGCUGCGACUCUGGUGACUGGGGCGAGUCACGAAUGGAGCACGGAUCACGGGGCAGCCGGUGGCCACCGGAAGCGGAAAUCAGCGCCAUUCGUUAUCGGCACAUUUUCCGAGGGACAGGAGCAACAACAACAGCAAACAAACAAAAUCAACACACACCCCAAA